AUGCACGACCCAAUCGCCCAGUUCCUCGCCAGCACCAGCGAGCAUGUCACCGAUGCCGAAGAGGAGGCCUUCCUACUGUUCAGCCAGGACAUCUCCACCGGAAACCUGGGGUUCGUCGACUCUCACGCCGCCUCCGUCGAUGUGACGAUCCGUGGCAACGAGUACACCAUCCAUCAAUCCCCCUCAUUGCUCUCCUCCUCCCGUGCCGGGGGCACCACGGGCGCCGUCCUCUGGAAAAUCACCCCCCGCUUCGCAGAAUGGAUUUCCUCCACAACAAAUCCGCUCUGGACACAUUGCCUUUUGUCAUGCGCCUCGGUGGUGGCUGAACUGGGCUGUGGCAUCUCAGCGCUGGUCGCCUUGGCCAUGGCUCCAUCGGUACAGCACUAUCUCGCCACCGACCAAGAAUACGUGCGGCGCGUCUUCCGGGCAAACCUCGACGCCAAUGCCUCCGUGCCGUCUGCCCCGCCCGCCUCGUGUAAACAGAUAAGCAGCAAAGCCAAAGGCAGCAGCCGUAAGUCGACAUCUAAGCACAAGCAGCCCACCAAGGCAGUUACCAAUAUUACCUUCACGACGCUGGACUGGGAGCUCGACCAGCCAGAACUCUUGAAAGGCUGUAUCGAGUCCAAGUCCGAGUCCGAGUCCGGUGGUCAUGUCCACGAAGAUGAAGGGGACGAGGAAGAUCGCGGGUUCGACCUCCUUCUCUCCUGCGAUUGUAUCUACAACGAGGCCCUCGUCGCCCCGUUUGUGCGCACCUGUGCCGAGAUCUGUCGUCUCCGGCCGGCGUAUGCACCCUCAGACGAAGGGGCAUCCCAACCCCGUCGCCAGCCCACAAUUUGUAUUGUCGCGCAACAGCAGCGAGCACCCGAGGUAUUUGAGACGUGGCUGCGGGAGACGCUGCGGGAAUUUCAUGUUUGGCGGCUGAAGGAUGACGUGCUGGGAGAUGGGCUGAAGCUCGGCACGGGGUAUCUGGUGCAUGUCCUGCUGGCGAGGGAGAAGAGUUGA